UUUGUUUUUGACAGUGCGAGUAAAAACGAUGAUGAUUGAGUCACUACUUGCUUCUUCUCUUUCUGCUUCUACGAUACUACGUACCUCUUUUCUACUAUGCUCCUCUGUUUUUCUCUCUCUCCAUCAUUUCUCACCAAUUCCAAUCCCAAUUCUUCAAAAUCCUUUCUUUUACUGUUCCACUUCUUAGGAUCCGCCAUGAAUGUUUAUUAGCCUCUUAACUUUUUCGCUCUCUUUUUUUAUUUACCUGUCGUGCUCCUCUUUGUAUAAUCAUGACCCCCCAGUUUCUUCACCUUUUUACCCCAUCCACCCCCUCCUCUCCUGUUUCUUCUUACUCUACUCUUUUGUACAGCUGAUCCACCCCAAAUAAAAGCCCCACCUUGACCCCCCUUCUACCUUUUGACCUACGCCUCUUUUUUUCCACCCUCAGUUCUAGGGUUUCCUUUUUUCUUCUUGAUCCUUUCUCUUCUCUUCCGCCAGCUCUCUCCUCAAACACCCUUUUCUUGUUUUGUAUAUACCUAUAGUUUUUCACCAUCUUUUCUUCCUUUUUUAGGGGUUUUGCUGGGGUUUUCUGUUUAUAAAAAGGUGGGGUUUUUAAUGGAUCAACUUUAGUAUAACGUGAAUAGCUUCUUUUUGUGGUCUAAGUAAUAUUCCCUUAGUUCUCCUGUAUCUUCUUUUCUUCAUGGCGUAUCAACAGCAGCCACCAGUUCAGGGUUCAGGUUCAACUAGUAGUGGGGUUCCAUUCUUUAAUUCUCCUUUUGGGGACACCACUUUCACUAAGGUCUUUGUUGGAGGCCUUGCUUGGGAAACUCAAAGUGAAACCCUCAGAAGAUACUUUGAACAGUUUGGUGAAAUCCUCGAAGCUGUUGUCAUCACUGAUAAAAAUACUGGCCGAUCCAAAGGCUAUGGCUUUGUCACUUUUCGGGACCCUGAAUCCACGAGGAGGGCUUGUGCUGAUCCUGCUCCAGUUAUCGAUGGGAGGCGGGCAAAUUGUAAUUUGGCUUCGUUAGGACGACCUCGGCCUACUGUGCCAUUUGGACGUCUGAGGUCAUCAACUCCAUUUCCAGCAGGUCUACCAGCUGCUCGAGGUGGUUACGCCGGAAGCUUUGGCUACCAGCAACCGGUUUCUUAUGGAUACCAACAAGGCUUGAUGUAUUCUCCCUAUGGGUAUGCGACAUAUGGUGCGGAUUACGUUUACCCUCAGGGUGUUUACAAUCCUUAUGGAGGACAACAAUACCUUCCUAUAUAUGGUGUACCUGGAACUGUUAACGCAACAAUGUAUCCUUACGGCCAGCUAAGUCAGGCUGUUCCUGGAAGUCACAGUUAUACAACAUUGCAGGGUUAUGCAGUGCCAGGUCAUCAGAUUCUUCAGUUUGGUGGGCCCAGUGUCAAUGCAAUGACAGCUUCAUCCAUUCCAACUAUUCAAGCACCAUACCAAGCAGGUGUUGGAGCACCUGUUACACCACAGCCACAGUUUAUACUACCUACUCAUUCUCCUCAAUUUAUGCAAGGUAGCGGUUCUGACCAAAAUGCAGGGUGAGAUUUUAUCAAGGUACUAGAUUGCAGCAGGACUAACAGCAGCAGUAUUGCUACUUGAGAGGCGGGCUUUUAAUCUAGCCUUGCAAAUUGUUCACUUUGCAUUCUAGAGGU